AUGGCCAACUACACAGCCAUUCUCAGGAAAGAGCCCUUCGAUGGCCAGUAUUCGGCUCCUUCGGUCAUUGUCACCCUGGCGCUGGGGCUCGCCCUCUAUAACUGCGUGGAACUGACCCUCCUGAUCAUGACCACCUUCAAGAGAUGGAAGGGCCUAUAUUUCUGGAGUUUGUCGCUGUGCAACUUCGGCGUCGCCUCGUAUGGCUUCGGCAUGGUGACUGACUACUGGAAACUCACCGUCCUCUGGGCCUCCAAAGUCCUGGUUACGAUCGGCUGGAUGACCAUGAUCACCUGCCAGUCUCUGGUACUCUACUCUCGUCUUGGCCUGUUGGUCGAUAACGACAAAAUCCUGAAGGGGGUCAAAUGGAUGAUCAUCAUUAACAGCUGCGUGGUAUUUACCAUUGUCGACGUUCUCGACUGGGGAAGCACCUAUUCGAGCGACUACAGCUACACCGUGGGGUAUUAUUACAUUGAGCUCAUCCAGAUCAGUAUCUUCACUCUGCAGGAAUUGAUCAUCUCGGGUCUGUAUGUUUGGAAGACUUUUAGUCUUCUGCAGAUCGUCUCCAAGGAAAAUACCAGGAGCAUGGUGAUGCAGGUACUGACCAUCAACCUCAUGAUCAUUUGCAUGGACAUCGCGCUCUUUGUGAUGCAAUUCAAACACAUGCAGCUCUACCAAGAAAGCUUCAAGAUCUUGUUCUACAGCAUCAAGCUGAAACUCGAAAUGAACAUCCUGUCGAAGCUGGUUGAUCUUGUUCACGGGUCGUCGGUCAAGAAUCGAUCCAUGACAUUGGAAGCCAUCGACUCGAACGCCGUGCAAGGGCAGGCGCAGCGCGAUGUCCAACGAGAAAUGGCCAGCCCGGGAAGCCUCGUCAAUUGGUACGCGGGUGAUACCAAAAGUGGCAUGGCUUCUUACCAGAACGACGUUUCCCCAGAUGUGAGGUACCGGCCUUCGAUGUCAUUGUCAGGGUCGGGAUCGUCACCGACCGACGACGCUGAGAUCACUCGAGUUCUUUCUCACCCCACGAGUGUAAAGGCAAGAGCGAAUGGCAGAGAGGUCGACGCUCUGUAUGCAGACUAUCUCCGAUCUGUGAAGUGA